AUGGCCCAGCACCGGUCACAACACUGGGGCGGUAUAAUGGCCCAGCACCGGUCACAACACUGGGGCGGUAUGAUGGCCCAGCACCGGUCACAACACUGGGGCGGUAUAAUGGCCCAGCACCGGUCACAACACUGGGGCGGUAUGAUGGCCCAGCACCAGUCACAACACUGGGGCGGUAUGAUGGCCCAGCACCGGUCACAACACUGGGGCGGUAUAAUGGCCCAGCACCGGUCACAACACUGGGGCGGUAAAGAGUCAACGUCACGUGGUCAGCGAAAUAAAAAUCUGAAACUAGAAACUAGACUGCAUGAAAGGGGAGAAACCGAUGAUUAUCGACCAUGA